UUAAAGAUUGAUUGCAAUUUAGGGGAACUCCAAGAGCUCCACUUACUGCUGGUUAGCUCCAAGUCAUAGCAGCAUCAUCUACGCGCCGGAAAAACACUGAAAAUCCCAGCAAUUAAAAACACACGUGUUUGGAUGUUUAUGGUGGCCCAAUUGAAGGUACCAGGAAUAACGUUUAUAGCCACUCGUUUACGUCAUUACUUUCGGAAUAUGGAGUGCCAGGAUCUGCAGCCGCCUUCGGCGGUGCGCGGCAUGCAAGAGCUGCAGCGGGACCGCUUCCGGAAGAGUGUCCAAGUGCCCAGAUUACGGCUGCCCGAGUCGCAGGUGCAGCGUGUGAUGCCGUUGGUCAAGAAACUCCUGCUCAAAAUGGAGCACCUGCAUCCUGUGCGUGCUGUGGACCAGUCCCGGGAGAUCCUACUGCAUCCCACGCCAGUCAAGAACUGGGAAUCCCUGCCCACUGAAGAGCUACAGAAGCAGGAAGUGACAAAGGAGCAUUUCUCCUUUGCGGAACUCGAGCUGGGCUACGAGAACUGGAGCGCCAGCGAGAUCCUAAAGAGUGUGCUACCCGCCGAAGAGGAGGGUCUCACCUCCUACUCCCGCAUCGGUCACAUAGCCCACCUGAAUCUCAGGGAUCACCUGCUGCCCUACAAGCAGCUUAUCGGCCAGGUGCUGCGCGACAAGCUGCCCAACUGCCGGACGGUGGUCAACAAAGCGGCGAGCAUCGACAACACCUACCGCAACUUCCAGCUGGAGCUGAUCUGCGGCGAGGCAGAGUAUCAGGUGGUGACCAAGGAGAACGGCGUGCCCUUCGAGUUUGACUUCUCCAAGGUGUACUGGAAUCCACGUCUCUCCACGGAGCACGAGCGGAUCGUUAAGCUGUUGCAUUCCGGUGACGUUCUCUACGACGUCUUCGCCGGCGUGGGUCCUUUUAGUGUUCCGGCGGCCAAGAAACGCUGCCAUGUCUUGGCCAACGACCUGAAUCCUGUGAGCUUCCACUGGCUGCAGCACAAUGCUAAGAGAAACAAGUGCCUGGGGCAGAUCAAAAUGUUCAACAAGGAUGGCAGACAGUUUAUUGUGGAGGAGUUGCGGGAGGAUCUUCUAAAGCGUCUGCUCACAACAGACACUUCUGCGUAUGCCAUUCAUGUAACCAUGAAUCUGCCCGCCUUGGCUGUGGAGUUCCUGAACGCCUUUCGUGGUCUCUACAAGGUGGAGGAUCUUGCCGAGUUGCCAGGGAAUGUGGUUUAUCCUACCGUUCAUGUUUACUCCUUUGCCAAGGGCGAAAACACCAAAGCCUUGGUGCAAGAGCUGGCGGAAAGGCAUCUGGGAGCCACUUUAGAUGAUAGUCUCCUUCAGGGCAUUAGCUUUGUAAGGAAUGUGGCUCCCAACAAGGACAUGUACAGGGUUUCCUUUCGCUUAUCCCACCAGCUAUUGACCACAACCAAGGAGGAGCAGCUCACGAGGAAACGAGGCGCCCAGGAGGAGGAUCAGCUUGAGGCUGAUUUACAAAAUUCAGCCAGCAAAGUGAAAUGUGUUUGAAGUUUGAUAAAUAAAGUUUGUAGCUUCCCAGCCAGUAAAAUGAA